AUGCAGCUCCAGACCGUCCUUCUUUACGCCCUUCUGUCGGGCCUUCAAACUACCCUCGCCAACCCCAUCAGCGAGGUCCGCGCCCCAGGCGUGCUCCAUGAGGUUACCAAGCACGGCAACAAGAAGGGUGGCCAUGGCAACGGCGGCGGCAAUGGCCAUGGGAAUGGACAUGGUCACGGUAACGGCAACGGCGACGGCGACGGCGACGGCGACGAAUGGGUAGACCAGGGCCCCUGGUGGUCUGUGACAGGCUUCUCUCGUCACUGGAACGAUACCACGCACUCGGUCGAGCUCAAUUUUGCCAUCUGGGAUUCGCGGGACAAUAAAGAGGUGCCCUGCAUUGUCAACGCCCGCAUUCCUGAUGGACAGAACUACAAGUUUGCCGAGUUCCACUCACUGCCCUGCGUCAAACCCGAUGUCGGGGCUGAAAAAUAUUUGAUCUCGAUGGGAUACGUUGAGUAUUUUGAUGCGGGUAUCAUGAAUAUCUGCGAUACCACUGUGGUCGACGGCGGACCUUCAGCGUCGACUUGGUUCUCGAUUGAGGCCAUCAACAGGCCUAGGGAACGCUUUUUCCCUGACUUUUUGAGGGUCCCUGUCGGGUUUACCGAUCUCGGUUGUGUGUACGACAAGAGCCCUUACCCAUUGUAA